CCCGAAAGCAACUCCUGAAGCCUCCCACGCGUUCCCGUCCAAAAUGCUUAUUACGAGGAGUCAGUGGUGCCUUCUCGAGUUCAGUCCUUUGCCAGUGGAACAUUCAAACACAACAAGACGGAUACACUCGACAUUGCCCACUCUCUUCAUCACUUGAAGGCUAGUCAUGCAAUACGCAACCCUCAGCCUCCCGCCACCCAUCCUCAAUGUGUACGCCGAACGCAUUACGAAGCUCAACUCCGUCCCCCAACUUUCUGACUUCCCGGUCGCAUGGUCUCGUUUCGUGGGUGGUUUGCAAACCGAAGGACUUGCAUUCGAGUUCCUGGGAGGAACAUACAUGGUUAUCGUCUUCGGCCUCCUACAGUCAUCCAGUCUUGCAGCAAAUCCAGUCUGCACCUUCCUCGGCAUCACUUGCGCCAUUGCGAGCGUAUUCAGCGUCGCGUACAAACCUGUCUUUCGCUCCAUUAUGUCACGAAUGUCUGACCCUUGGCGAGGUCUAGCCUGGGUGCAAGCGUCGAUGGACAUUCCGACCUCCUCGUGGAACUCCGCCCCUAGGCUUCUGGCCGUCCCUGCCGUAUGGCUGGCGUGGGCCACCGUUGCGUUGAUCGCGUUCCUCUUGUACGAGGCGUGGGCAGGCCUCAGGGAUGUCUCUUCGACGACGCCGUCGUCGCCCCGCCUCAACAUCCUAUUGUCCGUGUUCAUCACGAUAGAGCUUCUCGUGGGCUUGGUCCAGGCGGUCUACGUGGUUCCGGCCUUCGCGAAACUGUGCGAACCCGGCGGCCACGCCAGCACUCUCGAUGGUCAGCGCGGAGAGCCUGAGGUCGUAUAAGAAUGAAAUAGACCUGGCCGUAUUCCGUCACCGAUAUUCCCUCGGCCCUUUCGUGAAUGUCGUGCUUGGGACUAUCGCACACGCUGUCUGUAUAUACUUGAAUAUCGCUUUUACGCUGUGUUGUUACUGCUUUUACGCU